GGGUGUGGGGGCAGGAUGUCGGGUCGGCGCGGGGGCGGGCCGGGGGCCGGCGAGGCGUCGGAGCCGGCGGCGCGGGACCUGUUCGAGGCCUGCCGCAACGGAGACGUGGAGCGGGUCAAGCGGCUGGUCACCCCCGACAGGGUCAACGGCCGCGACACCGCCGGCCGCAAGUCCACGCCGCUCCACUUCGCCGCAGGUUUUGGUCGGAAAGACGUAGUGGAGUAUCUGCUUCAGAAUGGCGCCAACGUCCAUGCCCAUGACGAUGGCGGUCUCAUCCCUCUCCACAACGCCUGCUCUUUCGGUCACGCCGAAGUCGUCAAUCUCCUCUUACACCACGGGGCAGAUCCUAACGCCCGGGACAACUGGAAUUACACUCCUCUCCACGAAGCGGCCAUCAAGGGGAAAAUCGACGUUUGCAUAGUGCUCUUGCAGCACGGCGCAGAACCGACCAUCCGCAAUACAGACGGGAGGACAGCUCUGGAUCUGGCAGAUCCCUCUGCCAAAGCGGUGCUGACCGGUGAAUAUAAAAAAGAUGAACUCUUGGAAAGCGCAAGGAGCGGCAAUGAGGACAAAAUGAUGGCCCUGCUUACACCCCUCAACGUCAACUGUCACGCAAGCGAUGGCCGAAAGUCAACUCCGUUACACCUCGCAGCGGGUUACAACCGAGUGAAAAUAGUGCAACUCUUGCUACGGCACGGUGCCGACGUACACGCCAAAGACAAGGGGGAUCUGGUACCGUUACACAACGCCUGUUCCUACGGUCAUUAUGAAGUAACGGAGCUUCUGGUGAAGCACGGCGCGGGGGUGAACGCGGUGGAUAUGUGGCAGUUCACACCCCUCCACGAGGCAGCGUCCAAAAACAGGGUCGAAGUGUGUUCCCUCCUGCUGAGCUUCGGGGCGGACCCGACGUUGUUGAACUGUCACAGUAAGAGUGCCAUCGACCUAGCACCGGCUCCCCAGCUGAAGGAGCGGCUGACGUAUGAAUACAAAGGUCACACGCUGCUGCAGGCUGCCCGAGAAGCGGACGUAGCUCGCGUCAAGAAGCAUCUCACUCUGGAGAUGGUGAAUUUCAAGCACCCUCAAACGCAUGAAACGGCACUGCACUGUGCCGCCGCGUCGCCUUACCCUAAGAGAAAGCAAGUAUGCGAACUGUUGCUAAGAAAAGGAGCCAACGUCAAUGAGAAGACAAAAGAAUUUUUAACCCCUCUCCACGUGGCAUCCGAGAAAGCUCAUAAUGACGUCAUCGAAGUGGUGGUGAAGCACGAAGCCAAGGUGAACGCUCUGGAUAACCUCGGCCAAACUCCUCUGCACCGCGCCGCCCACUCUGGACACCUGCCCACCUGCCGCCUGCUGCUGACCUGUGGCUGCGACCCCUCGAUUGUGUCGCUGCAAGGCUUCACGGCCUUACAGAUGGGGAGCGAGAGCAUGCAGCAGCUGCUCCAGGAGGGCAUCCCUUUAGGGAAUUCAGAUGCAGAUCGUCAGCUGCUGGAAGCUGCAAAAGCUGGAGACGUAGAAACCGUCAAAAGACUUUGUACGGCUCACAGCGUCAACUGCCGAGACGUUGAAGGGCGUCAGUCCACCCCUCUCCAUUUUGCGGCCGGAUAUAAUCGGGUGUCGGUGGUGGAAUAUCUGCUGCAGCACGGAGCUGACGUCCAUGCGAAAGAUAAAGGCGGCCUCGUGCCUUUGCACAACGCCUGUUCCUACGGACACUACGAGGUAGCGGAGCUGCUGGUGAAACACGGAGCCAUCGUUAACGUCGCCGACAUAUGGAAGUUCACCCCCUUACACGAAGCUGCGGCCAAAGGAAAAUACGAGAUCUGCAAACUUCUGCUCCAGCACGGGGCAGACCCUACCAAGAAAAACAGAGAUGGGAAUACUCCCUUAGACCUGGUGAAGGAUGGAGACACGGAUAUCCAGGACCUACUCCGGGGAGACGCCGCUCUGCUGGAUGCCGCCAAGAAGGGCUGCCUAGCUCGAGUGAAGAAGCUGUCUUCCCCGGAUAACGUCAACUGUCGGGACACCCAGGGCAGACACUCGACCCCAUUGCAUUUAGCAGCUGGCUAUAACAACCUGGAGGUGGCCGAAUACCUCCUGCAGCACGGCGCCGACGUCAACGCCCAGGACAAGGGGGGCCUGAUCCCCUUGCACAAUGCAGCGUCCUAUGGGCACGUCGACGUGGCCGCGUUACUCAUCAAGUACCAGGCGUGUGUCAACGCCACGGACAAAUGGGCUUUCACCCCUCUGCACGAGGCGGCCCAGAAGGGAAGGACGCAGCUCUGCUCUCUGCUGUUGAUCCACGGUGCUGACCCCGCCCUGAAAAACCAGGAAGGACAAACGCCGUUAGACCUGGUUACCGCGGAUGACGUCAGCGCCCUGCUGGCAGCGGCCAUGCCCCCCUCCGCCCUGCCGUCGUGUUACAAACCUCAGGUGAUCAACGUUUCCCAGGCCCCCGGGGCUGCUUCUGGGUCUCUGGCCUCUGGGCCGUCCAGUCCGUCCAGCCUCUCGGCGGCCAGCAGCCUGGACAACCUGUCCGGCAGCUUUGCGGAACUCUCUUCGAUCGUGCCCCCCGGCGGAGCCGAGGGGGCCGCCGGCCUGGAUAAAAAGGAAGCCCCCGGUAUAGAUUUUAGUAUCGACCACUUUGUGAGGAAUCUUGGACUGGAGCACCUAAUCGACGUAUUUGAGCGAGAGCAGAUCACCCUGGACGUGUUGGUGGAGAUGGGGCACAGAGAGCUGAAGGAGAUUGGGGUCAAUGCCUACGGCCACAGGCACAGGAUCAUUAAAGGAGUUGAAAGGCUUAUCUCUGGCCAACAAGGUCUCAAUCCCUACUUGACUCUGAAUACUUCUGGGAGUGGGACAAUUCUCAUCGAUCUGUCUCCUGAAGAUAAAGAAUUUCAGUCCGUGGAAGAAGAGAUGCAGAGCACCGUCCGAGAGCACAGAGACGGUGGCCAUGCCGGGGGGGUCUUCAACAGAUACAAUAUUCUCAAGAUCCAGAAGGUGUGUAACAAAAAACUGUGGGAGAGAUACACCCACCGGAGGGAAGAGGUGUCGGAAGAAAACCACAACCACGCGAACGAGAGGAUGCUGUUUCACGGUUCUCCGUUCGUGAACGCCAUCAUCCACCGAGGGUUUGACGAGAGGCACGCCUACAUAGGCGGGAUGUUCGGAGCUGGGAUCUACUUCGCCGAAAACUCUUCCAAAAGCAAUCAGUACGUGUACGGGAUCGGAGGCGGCACCGGCUGUCCCAUCCACAAGGAUAGGUCCUGUUACGUCUGCCACCGGCAGUUGCUGUUUUGCCGGGUGACUCUGGGCAAGUCUUUCCUGCAGUUCAGCGCGAUGAAGAUGGCCCACUCCCCGCCGGGCCACCACUCGGUCACCGGCAGACCCAGCGUCAACGGCCUCGCCUUGGCCGAGUACGUCAUUUACCGAGGAGAGCAGGCCUAUCCGGAGUACGUGAUCUCAUACCAGAUCGUGAAGCCCGAAACUACCCCCGAAGGAUAAGGGGACGCCCCCCGACUGCGUCGGGACCCCGCCCGGCCCGCCCGCGACAACGUCGGAGCGGCCGGGAACCGCCCGACUCGGCCGACCGGCGGCCCGCGACGCGAAUGAGGCCUAAUGUUCCAACUGGACGGAACCUGGACGCCGUACGGGCUUUUCUACACGUUUCCCGUUUUUCAGCACUUUAACAGAUGUCGUUCCGGGUUAAACCGGGUUUGUUGUCUGUACUAAAUUAUAAAGAGAGUUAACUUGAACCUUUUUCUACAUUCCUCCGCAGAGUCUAAGCGGACUCGUAGUGCCCGCAACGGGAAGCUGUCUUACCGAGACUGGGUUUUGGGAAACGCGGCCUUUACGCCGAAUACGAUUCCAUUUGUAAAACUGUAAAUAAGAGCUUUUUGUACCAGCCCGGUAUUUAUUCGCGCUGCUUUGUGACACGGACCGACCGUUGCGGCCCGACGGCCCGGAACGGAGGGUGGCCUUCCCGGUCGCGCCCCGGGCGGCCGACGGCCCCCCGGAACCCGCCCGUAUCGCCCCGUCCCCGAGGCGGGACCGCCCCCGUCCUGUUCGGUGUGCAAGCAGAACGUGGGUCUCCGUUCCCCCAAAACCCUGGAGUUUCUCCGUAGCGGCGUCUGUAUGUGAGAUAGUAGGCAGGUGUUUGUUAUUUCCCGUGGCCGCCCGUAGAUUCCUGUUCUGGAGGCAACGGUGGGAGGGGUGGGCGGUCAUUUUCCAGACGACCCCCAGGUCCACGGCGGCGGGAUCCGGGGCCGUCGGCCCGUGCCUUCUCCAGACGCCGCUCGUGGCCGUCCCCUCCCGGCCGGCAGCCCCCGUUCCUGGUUGAGGGUGGUCUCCCCUUUCCACCCGACCCCCGUCGGACUUGCUCAGCGAGCCGAGCCCUCUUGGCAUCCGGCGGGGCCGGCUCACCGCCCUGGACCGCCCGCUUCCCGGCCCGGAGCCUCGCCCUCCCGCUCUCCGCCGGCCUCGCGGAUGGAAAGUGCCGAAAUCACCGGCGGCCUGGGACCGCGGGCCGAUCGGGGUCGUCCCGUCUCCGGUUGGCCCUCGCGGCCGAAGGGCGGGACCCGGAGCCCCGAUGAGGUCGAAGCCCCGGCCGGGGUCAGGAAACCACCGCCGCCUCGCGGGACCGACGGAACCGUGCCGUGCCCUACGCCGUCCCUCCCGGGCCUCUCCGGGACUCGGCAGCCACGGCUCAGCGGCGCGGGAUGGACGGGAUCCCGGAGCGAGGUCGAGGAAUCAGCCGGGGCACGUAGGUCCCGCGGAGAGGGGCCGGCCGAGGCCCCGGUUCCGCCCGCCUCCCGUCGGGUGGAGUUUCUGCAUGACAGACCUUGCUUUCUGGAUGGUGGAGCCCAGACUCGUUCGUUCGUGACUCUCUAGUGCCGUCCGUGCUACCCGCUCCUCCCGGAGCGUACUGUAUCCCCUGCCGUCUCCCCGCUGACGUCAAUAAAACCGUUUCUUGGCCGUUU